AUGGACAUAUUAGAAGAGCUCUGUAACCUGGUGGUGCUGGUGGUCAUGUGGGUCCACCCUAGGAUGCGCUCCACCACCAACUUCUUCCUCACCAACCUGGCCAUCGCUGACUUCUGCGUCACCGUAUUCUGCGUCUACCAGAACCUCUCACAGUACCUGGCGCAGACGUGGAUCUUCGGUGACUUCCUGUGUAAGAUGUACAACUUCGUCAACUACCUGAGCUACACCGCCUCCGUCAUGAUCCUGGUGGUCAACUGUGUCGAGAGAUACGUGGCCAUUAUGUGUCCCUUCAGAGCCAAGACACUCCUCAGUCACCGCAACCUGGUGGUGGUGUGGGUGGGCAGCGGGGUGUACUGCUGUCCUCGGCUGCUGUACUUCAGGGCAGCGUCACACGAGCUGCCUGGGGCUCGCUACACCGAGGUCAUCUGCCUGGCCGACCGAGAGCUGUACGACUCCCGCACGUUCGACACCAUUAACUUCGUGUUGCUGUACGUGAUGCCUCUUUCCGUCAUGUCGCUCCUCUACUGGCGCAUCGGCAGCUACCUGUGGAUCAACGGCCGCCAGGUGGAGGUGGCCAGGAGGGCGAGGAACUCCCCAGUGUCGGGUAAUGGUGUUAUCCUGCCCUCACACCAGUUUCCUUGUUGUAUUUCAGCCCUCAAGGAGGAGAUGACCAAGGAACACAACUGUAAGCUGAAUGAGGACACUAAGAGAGGCGGGACGGCGCAGCAAAGUGCAGGAGGAGGGUCAAGUUCCUCUCACGGCUGCUACUCCGCCUUGGGCCGCAGGCGUCGCUGGAGACAAACCGGUGAGAUGCCUAUCGGACCUUACCACACAGAGCGUCUCCUGAGGACCUGGAGGAAGGUGGUGAAGCUCCUGGUGGCGGUGGUGCUCUGUUUCGCCAUCUGUAACUUGCCAUUCCACUUGAGGAAAAUGUUGACGUAUUACCACCAGGGCUACAACGCCACCACGGACGCCGCCCUCAUACCCCAUCUCCAACCUCCUCAUGUACCUCAACUCCCCAACCCCAUCGUCUACUCCUUCAUGUCGCACAACUUCCGCGCCUGUGUGAGGGACGUCCUGACUCGUUACACCGCCGAAGACCUCGACACCCCUCUGGUCCCCUUCCCGCCCCCACCUCCACACACACACGCCCUCCCCCGCCACGCCUCCACGCCCGCCCCACGCCCAUGUCCCUACCACCUGUCAGGGGUUCUUGCAGCGCCUACAAUUGGUGAUGCAACACAAGUGACAUAA